GGUCGGCUUUAUCGUGAGUUUUCCUAUGUUUUUUGUGUUCUUAACGCCGCCGAUCUUAUUUCUCCGAAUUUGUUCGCUUAUUUUCUGUUUUUCUUUGUUCUCUUCCUUGGUUAGAACGUCCUUCUGGAUUGAUGAAGAGAAGGGAAGGCGUGAACGACGAUGAAGGAAGAAGGAAGUGAUUCGUCUACACUCAUGCCAGAGGAAACAUGCCAUCUCGCCGGCGGUGAGACUGCUGUCAACCGCGACCAAGGUGGUAAGUUCCAGGAUAAUGGAGGAGCUGCUGGCAAUGUAGAUUUCCAAAGGCAGCAGAGCCAACGAGGGCUACCCACUACUCUUUGGGAUUGUCAGCCGGCGGAUUGCUUAGCUUGGAGGAGGAGGUAGCAAAUGCAGAAGUCCAAUGACCAAUAAUGAUUAUAUCUAUAAUCGUUGGGAAGGAGGAAGCAGCUGCAGAAGUCUACCAUUAAAGCUUCGGUGUUGGUGAUCUCCUCUCUCUAUUUCUUCUGUUUUUAGUUUAGGUUUCUUCUCUUUGCGUAGAUGGUUUAGAGGUCUUGAAUAAUUUGUUUAUGAUUGGUCAUUAGUUCCAACUAUCGCGCUCAACAUUAUACUUUUUACUCUAUUGGUUUUAGCACGGACUAGCCUCGACUCCAAAUCCUUUUAUGCUAAGAUUCCUAUGUUUUGUUUCCCUUACAGAUCAAGUCGAGUUGGUUCUCUUGCUCGGUUGGACCUUCAGGUGAGCCUCAAUUAACAUGCUGUGGGGCGUGGUGAGAAUGGGGAUUUUCUUUCAUUUUUGUUGUUUUUCCUGAACCCUAUGCAUUUUAGCGGGGGAUAUCACUACUUGAAAGCUUCUUGCAUACUUGCAUCUCCAGUAGGCUGAGCUGUAUAUUUUUUGAGUUCUUAAUGACAAAGACUUUGGAAAUCACACGGACAAAGGUGUUGGGGAUUGAUUAUUUCAGAACUUGAGGUUGUAUGGUUCUGUUUCAUUACAUGCAUACGGUCAUAUAACUAGGGUGAUGCAAAUGUGGGGAAGUGAGUAGAAUGCAUUUUCACUAAAGUUCUCAUCAAUAUUAGCCAUUGAUGUUGCAUAUUUCUAUGAAUCCAUCAUAGGGGAUGAAAAGUGAUUGGGUUUUUUCUUUUGAAUUGCAGGUGUAACUAUAUUUUCCCUUUGCAUCCUUCCAGCCGAGGAGUGAUAAGUCGGCUUGGGGUGGGUCUCCUCGGCCCCCUUCUAUGGAAAUGUCAAGCGCCGACGGGGAAUACAACAUUAGUGGCCAGGGAGGAUGACGGGUAACAGAGAGAAGAGAGAUUAGAGGAGUUUUUGCCUCUGCCAACACUAUACACUGUCCCUUGCAGGUAUUCGCUUUCUAUGUCUCUUUAUUUUGUUGGUUCUGUCUAGAAAUUACAACUUUUGCCUGCUUUAAACUGUAUAUCUAACCUAUCUUGAGCACUGUGUCAUUAGUCAAAGUUGCUCCCUUAAUUUUUACUUUCUGUUCCCGUGUUUGAUUGCUUGCACCUGCUAUCCGCCCUAAUACUCUUUCUUGAUGUCGUCGUUUGUUUUUGUACUAGAGAUCGAACACCCAUAGAUCUUCAUUCAGCCAUGGUCUCCUUUUCACUGCCAAUCACUCGCAAGGUAAGCUCUUCUGCAAGAUUGUUGUCUGUGCUCCAAUCCAACACCUUUCAAGAUUUUUUCCAUUAUAAGCUCCAUUCCAACACCUUUCGCUACCAAUCAAUCGCUUUGUAAUGCAGAUGUCAUUUGGUAUUUAGCUCUAGCGGUUAACAACAAUUUCUAUUGCUUAUGCUGGGUUCAUAGGGUCUAUGUGAAGGUACUCAGUUGAGUAGGUUAUCGUCUGCAGGCCUGGAACCAAUGUCAAUUGAGCCAUUGGAGGAGUGUAGGCCAGCAAGUGUCUUCAGAGAGAAACACGGGCAAUCUACAGCAAGAAGCUGAUCAGAUCACUCUUAUGCUUGCAAUUUAGUGACAAGGUUAGCUCCUCAAUGCAAACUCUUUUGUUAUGUCCACACCCUUUUCAUCAAUUGUUCUGUUUUACUGAUAUUCACUCGAUCCUGCUUAAGAAAUUUGAUGUGCCAAAUCAAUUUUACUUCUUUCUUGGGGUUGGCUGAUUUAUCCGUAUAGUUCUACGAAAACACAUAUUGCAUUUCUUGCGAUAAAUUCUUUUCGAAAUUUCCUCACAACUGAACUCCAAUGUGUUCAUUUUCCCUCUUGAUUGUCGGUUGAUGUUGAGCUGUUCUUAUCAGCCUAUUAUGCGCCUGAAGGCCUCAGGGUCAUGCUGUUGUUCAGCCUGUGCCCUGUUUGUUGUAAAUUGAUAGAACUUAGGUUAAAAUUUGCUGCAGUGUUUGUUCUUCGAUUUUAAACUUCUCUUUGCAAAUCCAAUGUAUUUUUAUGGUAUCCGUUCCCUUCAUUCCUUACCUAUCAAUUAAGUUCAUAUCUUGAUCAGAUCCUGAGAUUUAGUUCCUGUGAAAUCUCGCUUGGUGUAUUUGCAUUUAAUCCCGAACUUUGUAUAUAAUUUCAUGGUCUAAGCAAUAUGAAAUCAAAACUAUGCGUCCAUCUAAUGCUACAAGUUUGAUGUUACAGGACUUCUGUGAUGCUGCAGCUCAGCAGCAAGUUCAAAAGGGAUGGAGUCAGAGAAAUAGGCUAAUAAAUAAAAGUUAUCGUCCAAUGGGAGAAUGGAAUGAACAAACUAGGGGAGUAAUAACAUGGUCUCUGUAAUCUUUGUUUCCAUCUCACAGUACACACAUGAAUGUUAGGUUACGUUGAAUGUUAAGUUCAGUCGGGUUUACGUCGUUUAUGAAUUUAUUUUAUUUUUAUUUCAUAUUAGCUGGUUCAGCCUGUCUAGAUAGGAUCUCUCUAUGUGUGGUUGGUUUAAUCCUUUCUUGAAUCCUACUGCCACAUGAGAGCUGAGUUUGGGGUUUGAUGGGAAGGAAGAUUAGAAGAGUACACCAGGAUCCUUAAUUCUCUUAAACUCAGUGGGAGAGGUUAAGUCAACAGCUAAAUUGCUUCAAAAUCUUGGUUUGCUCUGUUUUGGUUUCCGCUCAUUGUUUUGGCUGCUCAGGGGUUUCAAUUUUUUUAACAUUCUCAUUUGAAUCGUUUUUGUUUCCUUUUGUUACUCUUACAUUGUCGACAAAGAUGGAAUGCUUUUCAUCAUCGAAUCAUUGUGCUAGAGAACAUGGGAGCUGCAAAACAAAAUGUGAAGAAGCUAAGAAAGAAAGCAGGUAAAAGAGGUGGCCAUAUUCAUUUAUUUUGCUCUUCUGUGAUAUGGAUGCGAGCCUACAAUUGGUUGUCAUGCUUGCUUGCACAUAACCGAUUUCCAGCUUCGUUUUCAACAUGAACCUGCAAAUUCAUAGGGUUCUUAUACAUUGAUUCAGCCCUCUUAACAUUUUGUUGCCGAGUGAUUCAUCGUAGGCAAGUUUGUGGAGAUAGCUACAGUUGUGGGUGAAGUUUUAAGUCUGCCUAGCUUCUUAGAUCAUGCUGUGCCUAACCUCCACGUGGUUGAUCCUGUUCUUUUGCCUAUCAGUUUAUCUUAUUUUGUUUAGAUGUUUCUCAUUUAUUUUAAAUUGUUUGUGUUGCGUUGUGUUCCAGGAAAGCUUACUCAUUAAGUAACCUGUUUAGUUAUUAUGUAGUGACAAUUAAGAAAUCGAGUUUAUUAACAUAAGAGCUAUAACUCAUCGCCUUCAACAUUUCUUAAUAGUUUUAAUAAAUUGGAUUGUGUAUGCUGAUUGUUUCAUAUUAUAUAGGUGGAUCAUCCGUGGGAUAGAGAAUCUUCUUCACUCAGCCCGGUGCAAGAGAGGUCAUUAACACUAGGAUCAAGAGCGACAACAAGGGAACGGGUGGUGCUGAGGGCCUAUUUCACCGUGGGGUUGGUUGUGAUUUGAUUUUGCCUUCCAAGUAAUUGCUUAUCAAACUUUCAGGUAUGUGUGCUCCCAAUUAUUUAACGUUUAUAGAAGCUUUUAGUAUCUACAAAUAAUACUUAGUUGCGUCCCGGUUUGUUUGUUUACAACCGCUUCUUUUUCGCGUUCCAUAGAUGUUCCAUUUUUGUCACUGUAGCAUUGAUAUGAUCGGCUUUUGCCUCUUUUAUGUCCCAAUAUGAGAUUAGAGCUUCUCUUCAUUUUGCUGCUCAAUUCAGUUCUUAACUCUCUCAAAUGUUGCCUAAAGUUGCCCUCUACGGUACUUGAUGUUUUAUUUUAAAUAUGGAGCAGCUCUCAAUGAUUGAAUUUUUAAGAUCAGAGCCAUACAACCUCAAGUUCUGAAAUAAUCAAUCCCCAACACCUUUGUCCGUGUGAUUUCCAAAGUCUUUGUCAUUUAAGAACUCAAAAAAAUAUACAGCUCAGCCUACUGGAGAUGCAAAACAAUAUGCAAGAAGCUUUCAAGUGGUGAUAUCCCCCGCUAAAAUGCAUAGGGUUCAGGGGAAAACAACAAAAUAUUUGGCACAUAAAAGGUUGAGUGAGGAAAUGUUUUUUUUUGUGGAUCUUUAGUAGUUUUCCAGCUUAUUGUUUUUCGACUCUAAGAAAUGGUGUGUGCAUGUGCACUUUUAUUUUGGUUUCAUUACUUUUAAUCUUUACCUACCGGUUUUGGUUUACAGAUCGAUUUUCAUUUGACUGUCGAUUUAAUGGGAAGUGGGAAGUGGCACUGUGGCAGUGGAACGUGGUGGCUAUGGUGCAUAUAUUGGAUUUCAAUCACCGUUUAUAAAUUGUUAAGUUGUGU